AUUUUAGAGUUCAUUUAUAUCAAUACCUGUGUCAGGAUGGCUAAAAUAACUUGUUAAAAAUUAAUUGUCCUGCGGGAUAUUUAAUUAAAAUAUAGGAAUUAAAUCAUUAUGUUACAGUUGCAAAAUAGAUCAGUGAGACAAAAUAUACAGGGUCCAGAAACAGUCUCAAAAUGAGAAUUUUUGUCAUUGAUAAAAGUGACAUUUCAGAUCAGUUGAGAAAACAGUGGAUUGUUCAGUGAAAUGGUUUUUGGUCAGCUAGCUAUUUAGUACUCCAAAAUAGAUUCCAAAUGAGUUAAGUAACUAAGCAGAUAAAACAGCAUUAAAGUACCAGAAACAUAACUUUGAAGGCAUGAUUCUAGAAGUAGCAAGGAAAGGGUCCAUUGGUUUGACAUUUAAAAAGACUCAAAAUUUCCUAAGGGCAAAGACCACCAAAAGCAAUAUGAAAAGACAAAUGAUAAACUGGGGAAGAUAUUGACAGUGUAUAUAAGGGACAGAGAAUUAGGGUUUUUACUAGAGAUCUUAAAAUCAAGGUAAAUAAACCUAAUGAAAAGUUGCAAAGAUCAUUAAGAUGGAAUUCACCCACAAUGCAAGUUGAGACCAUUUACUUUAUUUUGCCUAUCAUUGCUACAGAUUAAACAGAUUACUACUACCCAAUGUCCCUGGUGGGAGGGUGUGUUGAUAAAGCUUUUCUGCAGGCCAAUUUGUUGAUACAUACAUGUUAGGAUCUUAAAUGCACAUCUUUUGACUAGAAAUUCCUCUUUGAAUAUACUGCAGGGAAAUAAUUGGAUAAAUGUGCAAAAAAUCUUUUACUUGUAAAGAUCAGGUUGCAAAUGUAUGCGUAGCAUGCUAGAAUUUUAUAAAGCACAUAUAACUAUGUCUACAUAUGUGUCCUGGUUGAUGAAGACAGUUGUUUUUUUUUUUAAUUUAAAAAUUUUUUUUAUUUGUGAGAGUGUGGGGAAGGAGCGCAGGGGUGUGUGGGAGGAGAAGAGAGAGAGGGGCAAAGCAGACUCUAAGCAGAGUGAGGAUCCUGACUUGGGGCUUGAUCUCAUGACCCUGAGAUCAUGACCUGAGCUGAAACCAAGAGUUGGAUGCUUAACCGACUGAGCCACUCAGGCACCCCUGAUUAAGACAGUGUUAAUGUAUAUACCAGCAAGGUUGAAAGUGGUUCUAGGAGUGAUUUCAAUUUUCUUCUUACAGUUUAGAAAGAACAGACGUUUCUGUAGUGGAGUGCUUAUCCUUUUUAAUAAUCAGAGUGGAAACAGUGAAGCUCUUUUUAAGGGAGGCAGUGGAGGGAAGAUGAAGAUGGGAACAGAGGCCUUGGUUUUAGGGACCCCAGGUCUGCCAUGCCUUGUGGCCCUUCUCAGGGGGCUUGCAAGUAAGUGGAACCUGAGUGUUGGCUCUCUUGGGACCUGCCACACUUGGGGUUCCUUCUUACCAAACUGGAUGUAGUCUUCAUGGCAUAUGAAGUUCUGUGCCAACGUCAUUGGCAAGGACCUUAUAGAGCUCUUUAUUUGUAUCAGUGGCACCAUAUCAAAGCUGCCAAGAGUCUUUGUGCUCCACGUGUUCCAAGACAGCCUGUGCUUUAGGCCUGAUGACUCCAGGGUCAUCUGUGAUGCCAGAGUAUGGUGUGAGGUGAGGCGGGAAGACUUCUUCCACCGCUUUCACGUGGAAGAUGUUUCAGAAGAAUUGAAGGAGAUUUAUUUAGAGCUGACGUCUGAGCAUUUGUUCAGAACAGCGAGCAGCACAGGGAAUGCCUCUACAUUGAAACCCCAGUUGACCAACAAGUGGCGUCCCCACCUCACUGUGUCUGUGGAGCUGCCAUUGCCCACAGGUUGGACUCCUGUGGUGAUACUUGAUCCAUUUGAUGGGCCCGUAAGGGUACUUCCCCCAACAGCAUGGGGAGAUUUCCCAGAGCCCGGUUUGGAAGCCUGUGAUGUUAGUGUUAAUCUUCUGUCUUUGAAGACUCCGAAGGGCAGCGUAGAAAGGAUAGCAAAAUUGGGCGAUCAAAUGCUGGUCGAAGCAAAUCUAAAUGGCAAAAUGAACUUGAGUAUAGAAACUGAUGUCGUGUCUAUAAGUUAUUUUAACAAUCUUGGAAAUCCUCCAAAGUCUGCCCAGGAUAUGCCUCAAGACAGAAACCUGGAGAACAUGGUGCAAGUGCUGGUAGAGAGUAGGAAGCUUCUGCAGUUUUUCGAGGGACAGCAAAUAAAUCCUGUGACAGCCUUAUGCAAUGUUUUGAGCAAUACCCAUCUUGUUUUGGUUCAUGAAGAUGUCUCUCUUCAGUGUUUCAUUCCUGCCUAUAAAAAUUCAAGCAGCCUGUAUUUUUUUUUUUUUAAAAGCUUACGGUCUUUUCAAAACUGAAACAGACCCUGAAUUAAUUGGCUUGCAAGUCUGCACCCUCACUUGCCUAUAUAGAAUGUAUAUUUUGCCGAGCUCUUCUUCCUUUGCAAAGCUUUUAUUAAAAAACUCAUUGGUGAAAGAAUUGGAUAGUUCAUUUUUAUGUUUAUUGACUUUGUGCAUUUUUUUUCAUACUUUUUAAGAUGCCAACAAGAGAAAAAGACAUUCUACUUUAACUUUUUUGGGGAAAAAGGAUUGUAACAAAAUCAAAACUCUGAAUUUCUGAAACAUCAGAUCAGUUUUUGUUAUAAAAUGCUACUGUGUGAAAUGGGAACUUCAUUCUUUUAAAACAAGUAUAAUUUUUUGAGGGAUUUUUCUUAAUUUAGAGAGCUUAAUAUGCUAUCUGAAAAAUAUAAGGUAUUUAGCAUUUGUGCAUAUUGCAUAGUUUUUGUUAAGCUGUAUUUUGUCAAAGUAUGUAUUAGCUUAUAUUCAUGGUUUUAGAUCUGUCAUCUACAGAGCUCGAAUUGGUUGCUAGGUUCACUAAUAAUACAUCUUAGUCACAAGGAUUCAAGUAAAUAGUCAAUUUAUGUGGACUAAGAUUUGUCUUAUGGGUAACUUUUAUAUAAACCAAGUUUCCAUUUUUUCCUGAUAGUAUUGUGUUAUUCUGUUUAGAAAAUGAUUCUUAAUGUUUUAUUAUUUUGAGAAGAGGAAGAAGGGGUUAUAAAGGACUGGUGCAGUGAUUAAAUGGAAGGUUCAUAUUCUCUCAUAGUAAAUUUUAGUUUUUUAAUGGCUUAUGCAAUAAGUGGAGCCAUUAACUUGGCAGACUCAGUAAAUUCUCAUGACUACAUUUUAAUCAGUAAUGAAUAAUUUCCUACUAGAUUUGGUGAUAAAAUGCUUAAAUUUGCUAAUUUGUUUUGCUGAUUUCUAAAUUCCAUUCAUGGUGUUAUGGAAAGAACACAGAAACAUGAGACCUAGGCAAGUCACUUGAAUUCUGGCUCUUUAAGAUCUCUUUCAGCUUGAAUAGAUUCCAUUUUAGUACUCUGAGGGUUUCAAUAUAGGAAGAUUAAACAGUUAUUUUCAAAAGUAUUUCAAACAUAUUCUAAAAUUAGUAAUACAUAACUAUUUCAGAAUUAUAGCUUGUUUUCUUUCUAACUUCUGAGUUACACACAAUUGCUUUGUGAAUAUUUUCAAAGCUGUUUGUAAAGUUGUUUUUUUAAAAGUGAUUUUUGAUGUUUUAAAAAUCCCCUGCCCUCAUCAGCAUUUUUGUACUCUUUAAAUGAAAGGUGGAAAUGCAAAACAAAUACUUUAACUCAGUGAGAAAAUUAUAAGAUAUGCAGACUUUUUUUUUUCUGUGUGUAAUAUAAAUGUAAUAUAAAAAAAUGACUUAACCAUGCUUGUUUCUAGUAUCUUUUCCAAUUUUUCUUUGGUUUAUUAAUUAAAUGAGAAUUUUCAAGCUGUAGUAAAAGUCUGCCUUUUUACCUAUUUCAUCACUUCUUGUCUCCUUCCUUCCCUCAGUCUUUCUCUUCCUUUGUCUCUUUGUCUCUGUUUCUGUUUCUAUUCUCUAUAUUAAAUAAAACCAGGGAGAUAAGAAAACCUGUGGUUUGUUUUGGAAAAUAAAUAAUUGUGCAUUUUAAUCUAUGGUGAGUUAUUAUAAUGGUUAACUUUUAAUAAUUCAUUAACAGAAAGUCACUAUAAAAGUUUUGUAGCCUGGUCUUUGAAAUGUAACUUUGGAAAAUGAGAGGGGUUAUUUACUCCUCUACUUAACCUACAGAUAUGUUGUUAUUAAAAAAAAUUAAUGGGCCUUCUUAUACUGUAAUAUCUAAAUAUAAGAUCUUAAAGAUUCAGAUUCCUUUAAUGAUCUAGUAAAAAUUGUUUAUAAUGAAUACAAAAAUUUUAAAAUAAUAACGUGUUCUUAUUAUAGUUUAGCUUAAUUGUGAAAAGCUACGGACUGCCAGUUUCUAGUCUUACAUUAGUAAUUGAAUUUAAAAGCCUGGUGUUUUAAGUAAGAUUCUCAUGGAAUCAAGAAUUAUAAGGGCUGUAGGGACGUUCUCAUCUAAACACCUUAUUUAUAGAUGAGAAAACUCAGAGAGCAUAAAAGUAACUAAGGGUUUUUAAUUGUUAAUGCCAGAACCCAUUUUAGAACCCAGAUCUCCAAACUUUAUUUAUAGAUGUAAAGUUUUUGUAAAGCUUGGUCUGUCAAGACUUAAUUCAGAGACUUACAGCUUGGAUAUACUUUUGUUUAUUAAAAUAAAUCUAGAUCACCAUGCAAAUCUAUCACUUACCUGAAAAGAUAAAAUUUAAAUGAAAAAAGUCCAAAACAUGUUAUAAGCCUUUGUCAUAUCAUCCUUUUGUGAAGAUAUCCUUUGUUCUUGCAGGUAGGAAGGAAUUUAUUUGCCACAAAAUGAUAAUUCCCUGGAGACCAAAAUCUCACAUUUAAAAAUCAAAGCAUCAAGUUUAGAAAUUAUUUCAGCUUCUAUUUCUUUUUUUUUUAGAGAAACACUACUAAGAAGCAAGAAAACAUGCCUUUAUGUUUCCCUGUAUCUUCAGAAAAUAAAUCACUGAUGAAAUGUAUUAAAAGUGCUUCCUUAUAUCCAUAAAUGUGUAGUUUUUAUUGUCUCCCUAAAUAUCAUUUGCUAAAAACUGUACUGGCUUAUUUAUAUGACACACUUGUACUAUUUUUUAUUCUACUACUAAAAAGGUCGCUUAUAAGUAUACUAUGAGUGAUACAUACUAACUUAUGUAUAAGUGUACUAUACCAAUAUCAAAAGAGAUCAGGCAAGUAUUUAUUAGCAGUUAAUUUCAGUAAAGGUCCUCCUAGUUUUGUUUAUCCCCACAUAGGUCUAGGUAGUUGAAAAAUGCUUCAAAAAUUAAUAAGAGUCUGGAGACACAUCAGAAUUAAGAUUCCUUUUUACGCAAACUCGUAACCCUGUUUGGUAACUGACAGGAUAUGGUAUACAUAGUUCUUAGGCUAAGAGUCAGUAUAUCAUAAUUUGCAGCCCAUCUACAUAUACCUGUGAAUAUAUGAAAUUCCAAAUAGGUACUCCAGUACUGUCAACCUUUAUCAUUUGCCCAUUUGUGUCGUUUAAUACUGUGUUUAUUAUUAGUGUACUUGUGCGAGGAUAUUCCCUAAUAAAAGUGGCUUAUUUUGUAUCUGCAAUUAUUUUCCUUAUGUGAGUAAUAAUAGCUACUUUACUUCUUGUUUCUAUCAUUCUGCUUUCAAAAGAUGAAAUUAGCUUGUGAUGUGUGUACUUUUAAGGCAGAUUUAUUCACUUUAUUCCUUACCUCUUUAAUGAUCUUAAAUGGCUGUGUAAUAUAAAGACUAUAUUUUUUUAAUUAAAUAAGGUUUAUGACAGGUAAAGUCAAACUUUUGUUAACCUCUGCUUAGUAUAUUUACAUAAGAAAGACCUUAGGACAAAGUUUCAAAGACUGUUGGUUUAUUGCAUUUGGAAAAUCUUUGCGAGACAAAUUUGUAGGCCCUUAAAGACAACUUAUAGAUGAAAAUUUUCCUUUAAAAAUAUCCCUAUUAGUCUGGCAUGGGUUGUGAAACUGAAAAUGUUCAGAAAUUGUUUUCUUAAGGCUUAGACUCUUUCCUCAGAGUGAUUUAUUUGUGAUGCUACACAUAACAUAAAGUAGGGUAUUUCUAAUUGGACGUGGGUUGAAAAGAGACAUUUCUUUCCAUAAUUCAUUCCACAAGUAAUUACUGAGUACACACUACUAGGCACUGUUGUGUGUGUUUUGGACAUUGUAGUGUAAAAAGUAGAUAUUCUUAUAUUUCUAAAUUAAAUGGCUUAACGGGCUUCCUGAGAUAAUGGUUUGCCUAUGUUUGGGGACAUACCAUUAGUUUUUACAUAUGAACCGAUAUAAUGAAUGCUGGAUUUUCAGCUGCCUCUGAUUUCUAUGUCUGGAACACAGCUGUAUUCCUCAAUCAUAAGUAAGAAAAUAGAUCAUACUUUUUGAUUCAUGACUAUCAGUUGUGGCCCAGACAUUACCUAUUGUUACCAGACAUUACUUUGUUUUAUUUGGACAAACUUUGAGGGUAAUAUAGUUAAGAUCAUGAUCAUCCCCUCAAAAUGGAUUCGAAAUACCAGGAGUAGAUCGGAAAUACCCUGUCCUAGUUUUUUUGAGGUUGUUGUUUUGUUUUUUAAGCUAAAGGUAUUCUAAUUUCAAUGCUGUUUCACAUCAGGAUGAGCAUUCCUCAGUCACAUAGGAAACAACUAAGGUUCUCACAAUGUGGGCUAUCAGAUAUAAAAAUGACCUCAUAGUAUGUAGGGUGGUAUAAAGGGAAGAGUGAUAAUUAGACUUCUGUGUGUCAGGAAACCAAGGAUCUAGUCUGUUUUAUAAAUAAUUAGGUGUGUGACCUUGAAAAAAUCAUUUAACAUCUCUGGGUUACAGUUUCUUCAGAUGAGGAAUCUAGACAUUAAUUGGAUCAAGUCUCAUGGCUUUGAUUCUGUGGAAUACUGGCAUGUCCCUCCACGGGUAAUCAGCACCACCAUGUGAAGGGUAGCUGACAGUUUAAUAUUUUAUUGAUCACCUUUCCAGUAAUAUUAAUGUCAGUGGUAAUUUGUAUGUUUUCACCCUACUCUUUUUCUGGAAAUGAGAUUUGUAGAAUAUUUCUGCUUAAAAAUUUAUUCUUUAUGUGAACUAGACCAGAUUCUGAAAUAAUCAGUUGAAGCUACAGGCUUAUCUGUUUUAUAGUCUAAUACUGCAGACAGGGAUUAAUAUAUAUUAUUAAAUCACCACUCAGUGGUGGUCUGAUUUUCCAUGCCAGUUGAAUGAAGCAUUUUCCUUUGUCAAGAACUGUAGACAUUAAUCAAUGAGGCAGCUUAAUUACCCAUUCUUUCUUUAGUGUUUGUUUUCCCUGCAGUGUUAUGGUAUCUCUGGGGCAAUAUAAUUUCUGUUUAUUAAAGCAGUUGUCAGAACUUUGUGUUGAAAUAUGUCUUUGCUUUCUUAAAUGUUUUUAUUAAUGUGUGUUACCUUACUGGA